AUGCUCCGCACCGGCGCAACGCAACCCGGCGAUGCGAACAUCCACGCCCGACUCUACAACCAGCUCGAAGAGCAGCGCCGCGAGCGACAUUACUACGAGCGAUACGAUACGGCUGGCCUCGGUGCACGCGCGCCCUCACCCGGCGGAGAUUCAGUCCUGACCGUCCGCAUUGCUGCCCACCAGGACCAACAUGGCCAACAUGACCCCAGUCGCCGCGCCAGUGUCGUCCGUGACCGCGGCCCCAGCGACUCUUCAAACUGGUCGCAUACCGACCGACACGCACAUGGCCUAGCCAACCUGAACCGAUGGUCUCACUCGACCACGUCCAGCAUCGCAUCCAUCGACACUCUACCGACGGCAGUUAAGCACUCGCAACCCCGUACCAACCCAUCACACCACGGCUUCCACACAGCCUCCAUCUGGGCUCGUCGCAAUGUCUCUGAUGCCCAAAUGUCUCCAGAAGACGUAUCACCACGAUCCAUCGCAUACCAGCGCCCUUCGGCCAUGCAGAGCCCUGACUAUCAUCGUCGUCGCGCCCCUCGCUUCGAGAAGCCCCUGCCGCCACGCAUGUCCAUCUCGAAUCACUCUCCCAACGACGAAGCCCAGUUGACCGCCGCCACCUUCACGCCAUCAAGCGCUGGUCUGCUUACUCCCAACAGCUACGCCAAUUCCGACUACUUUGGGAGCACCGCCUCUGCCUCAAGCAGCUACGACAAAUACGAUACCAGUCCCGCCGAAAGUGCCUCAGGCAGGGGAAGAGACAACGGCGACAAGAAGAUAAUGCUGUCAAAGGCUUUGGAAAAGGCAAAUACUGCUGUCUUAUUGGACAACGCUAUGAACUACGAAGGCGCUCUCGAGGCUUACCAGGACGCCUGUCGCCUGCUCGAGAAUGUUUUGGACCGUACAUCCGGCUACGACGAUCGCCGGAAACUUGACGCUAUCCGCGACACUUACACCUCCAUGAUAUCUGCUGUGUCUGGCCCGGACCGCAGCUCGGCCAUCAUCGAGACUGCCACAUUGACUCGAAUCAUCGAUGCGCCGCCUUCCGAGCACGCCUCAGUUGUGCCCUCACCCAUGGAUGGCCCACCUACCUCCUUCUUGGCCAUCUCUCCUGGCCAUGGUCCACGUACUUCAUUUCUCACCAGUGCCAUCCAGGAAGUUGAAGGCACAUCUACCCCUGGCGCCUUUUUGGGCCCAUUGUGGGAGCGUGAACGAUCAAGAUCUCCUUUCAGAGAUUCUACCAUUAGUCAUGAAACUGCUCGAUAUGACGAACACGAAGGAUCUGUUGAGCUCGAUUCGAGACCCACGACAGCAGAGUCUCAGGAAGUUCAUCAAAACGUCGAUCCAGUAUCUUGGUUAGACACAAUAGACGAGUCUGGAUCAUCUGGCUCGCCAUCCAAUACUACCACAUCCAGCCGCUCACCUUCGUUCUCAGUACAUGAACGUUCGCCGAAGCGAGGACUACACCGUAGAAACAUAAGCGGUACUAUCAGUCAUGCUAGCCUCGACUUUGAUGCUGCUUUCGAUGCGGCAGUCGAAGCUGCUUAUGAAGAUGGCUAUGAAGUUGAUGAAGAUUUCCUCGUAGAUCCUCCGCCUCCUGUCCAAGACAGUCAAACAACGCACGAGCCGGAUUCAAAUCUACCUACAGCAUCUUCUCUGGGUUAUUAUGCUACGUUUGACGGUCAGCUAGACGACGACGAGGCAGAAGAGGAACGCAUUCUGGCAGACAUAACCAACGAUUAUAUAGAUCACGGCUUCGACUUUGAUAUCCAAUCUAAGUCUGCUCUGCCGCGGCAGUCCGACUCAAGUACAUAUUCUGGCCGCACAUACCAAAGUUCGCAAGUGUCCAAUCGGACAACUGCAGGCACUUCGCUGUCAACUGUUGCAGAGAAUGUUGUAUCUCGCCAUACACCUUCUUCGUCGCUAGCAACCGACAUCUCCAAAACAUCCUCUGAGCAGACCAGCGGAGCUCAGCAGACGACCACUCCAAGCCGAAAGACAGCCGGUCCCAACUUCAAACAACUCAAAAUUGAGACCUCGCGCAAGCCUACUCUCAGGUCACGUGGCUACACAAAUACUGAGCCCAAGGAGGCAGCUGAUGGCGUGGCCGCAGAGGAUGAAGCGGAUGCAGACCGCCGAAUCUCAGAGGUUCCUAGCUUACGUCGCGUGGAGGCAGCGCUUGCUUCGCCUUACCACAUGCGGUCGGCCGCUUCGGAUACGGCAACAUCCAUGUCUCUAGACAGCCUGCCAGAAAGCGGCGAUGUCCUCAACAGCAGCUACCGUUCGCCAAGGCCAAGGAUGUUCCGUGGCAGGAACAAGUCGUCUCUCAGUCUUCGGGAAACAGCAGGCUUUAUCUCGGAAGAAACUGAUACUGCCCCAGCUUCUCCCAUGUCAGCCUUCCCGGGCGGCGGAGAAGCACCGCCUUUCAGGAGGUAUAUCACCCCGCCUGGAGGCUCUAUAUCUAUUACCCGCACAGAUUCGGCUUCUGGAGGCCACCAUAUCUUUGAGAAUUUCCUCAACCCUCCCAACCAACCACCCUCACCUGGAGCCGACGAUUCAUUUUCACCUUCAUCCCUAGAACCUUGUCCAGAGCCUACGUUAUUACGACCCUUCUGGAUGCUCCGCUGCAUUGCCAGCGUCAUCAAUCAGCCUCGCGGUGGUUUCUUAACCACUCGGCUUUUUGUUCCUCGCCAGGUCUGGAUGAACCGUACUGUCAAACUCAAGAGCGUUGAAGACAAGAUUGCCAACUGCGAUCUGUUGACAGCUGCUUUGGGUAAGUUAUCCAAGGUCGACACUUACGACGCGGAUGCGGUGCUGGAAGAGCUUCAGGUAUUCGAGGAGGUCAUGGAGCGCGUACAGACUGUGUUCGUCAAACGACUUGGCAGCGAGGUCGGCGUGCAGGGCGUUAGUGCGCUCUUCAAAGACGCUGCAGUCCAAAUUGACAGCACUGGCAAUACCGCCGAUGUCCGUGAGCCAAAGCAGAAUAAGAGCUAUCUCAGCUCUUGGCGCAAGCUUCGAGGCAAGAAUUCGACAGGUGGCGUCACCAUUCCUCUGAGCAGCACUCGUACAGACAAGGAAGUCGCCAACAUGGCCAGUGUACCCAUGACCAGCUUCGUGCCGAUCGACAAGCGUACUGCAUAUAAGAACACCUCCUCCAAGGAAGCCAUCUCUUUCGAAGGCCCGCACAGGGAGUACAUGAGCAGUGUCUCUCGAUUGUGUGAAGCGGCGCAAGUGCUCGAUCAAGUUGCUCGUCAAGUCGAGGAUCCUGGCCUCAAGCACUCUUCGCCUACGCAUAUUGGUCUCGAACUAAGUACUCGCCAUGCUGCAGAAUUCUUCGGCUUCUACAUCUGCAGAUUCAUCCUUGGCGAUGUGACUUUGCUCAUGGACAAGUAUGUCAAGAGAAGUACUGAGUGGGUCAUUUCAUGA